AUGGGGCUUUCUUAUUUCUCAGGAUGUUUCCGACAUACCUCGGUUUCCUCGACCGUCAAUCCGAACGAAGACGAAAGCGGUGGUGAAUUUGUUCCAAUCCCGAAAUUUGGUGUAUUCUCUUACGAUGAACUGAAAGCUGCCACUCAAGGAUUCAGGUACAAGAUUGGAGAGGGAGGACAUGGUUCUGUUUACAAGGGACGACUUCAACGUGGUGUUUAUGUAGCUGUCAAAGUGUUAUUGGUUGAGCUGGAAUCAAUGCGUGGCGAGAGGGAAUUUAUAGCUGAGAUAGCAGCAUUGUCUGAUAUCAAGCAUGAAAAUCUUGUUACUCUCCUAGGUUGUUGUGUUGAUGGAGCAAAACGACUUUUGGUUUACGAGUACAUGGAAAAUAAUUGUCUCGCUCAUGCUUUUCUUGGCAGAGAACAAAACAGGAUGAAAUUUAACUGGGAAUUAAGAAGAGACAUCUCAACAGGUAUUGCAAAAGGAAUUUCCUAUCUCCAUGAAGAAAUCGACCCUCAUAUUGUGCAUCGAGAUAUCAAAGGGAGCAAUAUACUUCUAGAUCAGAAUUUUACCCCAAAACUCGGGGAUUUUGGUCUAUCUAAGCUGUUCAAAGACGACAUAUCCCACAUUAGUACUCGUGUUGCUGGAACAUUCGGCCAACCAGUAGUUGAUUUCCAUCUACAAUAUGGAGAGCAGUUCCAGGUAGAAAAGGUGUGGGAAUCAUACAAAGACAACAACCUGUUGGAACUCAUAGAUCCUGUGUUGAAUGAAGAAUUCCCAAAAGAAGAAGCCAUCUGGUUCUUAAAAGUCGGGCUGCUCUGUGUGCAAGAGAACGCCAGUCUCCGGCCUGGAAUGUCCAGUGUCUUUAAUAUGCUGAAACAUGAGAUCAAAACAGAAAGUGUCAUAAUAUCACAGCCUGGACUUGUUUGUGAUCUGAUGGAAGUCAAAAUACGCCAGAAGCAAUCGUCGAAUUUUCCACGUUCACAGGCAUCAGAUAGUACAGCCACACUCCAAGCACGACGACUAGCUACUGGCUAG